AUGGCUGCCGCCCUUGACGGAGCGACAGUCGCUUCAUUAACCCCAAACACAACGACUCUGUCCGACAUCACCAUGGCCGACAGCAUGAAGUCGACUAUCCCCGCCUCCGACCAAGCAGACAAUCAGCAAGGAAGUAUGGAGCAGUUGCUGCUCAAGCUGCAACAAAGACUCAACGCCGUAGAAGAAGACGCCAAACGGGAGAGACGCAACAGGGAGCGGCUCGAAAGACAAAUGUUCGGCCUUGGGCAAGACGGUGUCGGAGACAGCACCGCCUUCUUCGACUCGAUAGAUGACAUGAACGAGCGCUCAGAGGAGCUGAUUCAAAAGACGUCGACAUCGUACGAGUCCUGGCGCAGGCUGCGAAAGAUACGCGAGAACCUCCGGAUCAUCGAAGAGACGGAGAAGAGCAGGGAUACGCUCACCAAGAAGGAGCAGGAGUGGUCGACUUACUGCGACGUCUUGAAGGCGCAGCUGCAAGAUGCGCGUCCGGGAGUGCAGAUUCCAACGCUGGAAGAGGUCAACGGAAUCACAGGCAACGACUCCGACGACGAGGACGACUCGGGCAAGAACCUCCCCAACGUCGUCAAGGCGGAAGUCUGCCCCAUGAGCUGGACGGCGUUCAAGUUCCAGCAGCACGGCGACUCGAGCCGCGAUCUCUGCGUCAUCGAGGUGCUCACGGAGGAGCCGUCCAUUACCUUUGACGGCUACAACAACCCCUGGUUCAUGCGGUACACAGAAAAGUCGCUCAACAUCUCGACCAACGGCAACACCCAAAAGGUAGAGCAAAAGGUGGCCUCGUGGGCGGACAUUGUCAACAGUCCCAACAGGGGCAAGCAGCUCAUGCCGGAGCGGAUCCGCAUCAGAUCGAUCAACAUCAUCAAGAUCCUCAACAACAUCUUCAAGACAAAGGCCAAGGACUACCGCAUGAACGGUGCCGUGGUCAUGAUUCGGCCGUUCCGAGCUCUUGUGCAUUACAACCGGGAGAUUCGCGCCAAGUUUGCCGAGCUCAAGGACAAGUUUGGGGAUGAUGCUCUCAAGGUGCAGGACACGGAUGGAGCAAAGGCCUCGGCAGCAGAUCAAGACAACAAGCCUGCAGAAGCCAAAGACAAGCCUUCAACUGGUCAAGACAAACCUACAGAUGCCAAACCCGACAAAGCCGACAAAGAAGCCAGCGACGAAGAGAAGCCAAGCGAAGGCAACGAAGCCGUCGAAGAAGACGAAUUCACAUCCUCCCUCACGGCCUACCAGCACCUCAGCUGCCUCAUCGACUUCAUGGACAACACCAUCCAGGCCAAGAUCGACUACCUCUCGGGCACGCAGCCGCGCACCAUCUCCUUCAACCACCUCUGGUACCUCUUCAAGCCGGGCGACGACGUCGUCGGCCAGGGCCGACGCCAGGCGUACCGCGUCAUCAGCAUCACCAGCACCGGCCACAAGGUCACGCCCCCCUGGCGCAACUGGAAGCGCGACGAGAGCGAGCCGGCGGCGUCCAUCACGCUGUUCUGCGUCUACAUUGACUUUGACGGCAAGCAGCUCGGCCCCGUAAGCAAGUCCUUUGUCAUCUCCAAGUUUGACGGCGAAAAGGCCAUUACCGCGCUGGAGGUGUAUCCCAUCCGCUUCGCAGAGACUCCGACAGCAACCUACCAAGCCACCAGGGACGACUCCCCAAGGGACGCCGACCCCAAGGCGAGCUUCCAGCAGGAGCUCAUCGACCGCGGCAACAUGUUCAUCGAGGUCGCCAACGUCAAGCACAUGCACUACAACGGCUUCACCCUCGAGGCGCGCGACGAGGUCGACAGCCAGGUCAUGGUCGACUUUGCCGAGGCCUUUGCCGCGACGCAGGGCAACGGCUGGCAGCCCGAGAUCGAGUCCCUCAUCGGAAAGGAUCUGGGGGGCUCGGGGUCUUCCGAGGACGAGACCUGCUCUGCUGCGUGUUGCGCGGGGGAGUAUAUAUACAACGACAACUAUGUCGACAAGACGAGGAAUGAGAAUUAUAUCGCCGAGUUGAUGCCUGGGCCGGAUGAGCCGAACGACGAGCCUUCGGUGGCGAUUUACCCGCGGCCGUUGAAGGAGAUUACGGCGACCAAGGGGACCUUGACGAAGGACGACUUGAUCAUCAUGUCGUAUCGGGUGUUUGGGUUUGUGCUGAGGAGCCGUAAAUGGGCGAAACUCGACCUCAAGUAUCUCAGCCCCGUCAGCGAGGGCUCAAAGGAACAGACGGCGUUUGACCAGCUGGUGCUUCCGAAGCAGCACAAGGACAUUGUCUACUGUUUGGUUGACCAGCACUUUCGGAAUAAGGAGGCGAGGGUCAGCGAUAACGAGGAGGUGGACAUUAUUCGAGGCAAAGGAAAGGGUCUCAUUCUUCUUCUACAUGGAAGUCCAGGUGUUGGCAAGACGACGACUGCCGAGGGUGUCGCCGAACGCUUCAACAAGCCGUUGUUCCAAAUCACCUGCGGAGAUCUUGGUGCAACUGCCAGUGAGGUUGAAGCAGCCCUGGAGAGAAACUUUAGCCUCGCCAACCGAUGGGGCUGCAUCCUCCUCCUCGACGAAGCAGACGUCUUUCUCGCCCAGCGCUCCCCCAAGAACUUUGUUCGAAAUGGUCUCGUGGCAGUCUUCCUCCGCGUCCUCGAAUACUACGCAGGCAUCCUCUUCCUAACAACCAACCGCAUCGGCGACUUCGACGAGGCCUUCACCUCCCGCAUCCACAUCUCCCUCUACUACCCGCCCCUCGACAAGGCCUCGACGCGCGAAAUCUUCCGCCUCAACCUGCGCAUCAUCAAGCAGCGCUUCCUCGACAAGGGCCGCGACAUUGACAUCCACGAAAAGGACAUCUUGCGCUACGCCACCGCGUACUGGAAGAAGCACGAGAACAUGCGCUGGAACGGCCGGCAGAUCCGCAACGCCUGCCAGACGGCGCUGGCCAUGGCCGAGUUUGACGCCCAGAAUCAGAGCACCGCAGGAGGAGGAGGAGGAGGAGGAGGCGAGGGAGGAGGAGUGAAGAAGGGCGUGAGGGACGAGAAUGCAAAGGUCGAGCUGACGCACUUGCACGUCCAGAUCGUGUCGGAUGCCUAUCUCGAGUUCAUGCGCUACCUGAAGAGCAUAUACGGCUUCAGCGCGGACGAGGUCGCCAAGAACAUGCGUCUGCGCGCAAAGCACCCGAAGGCGAAAAAGGACGAAGAAGAUGAUGACGACGACACGGACGACACGAGCGACGACGAGGCCAUCUACGGGCCCGUCAAGGCCGGUCUCCAGCGGUCGCCGUCCAUGCCCCCAAACUCGGCCAUGAGCGCCAUGGCGCAGACGAUGAUGGGGAUGCCUUCCAUGAUGAAUCCCUCUUUGUCGAAUACAAGCCAUGCUGCUGUUUCCGCGGGAAUGGCAACCCCUUCUUCGACGGCUGAAUCUGCUGCUGCGGCUGCUGCUUCUCCUCAGCAUAUGAUGCAGGCGCCGGGAGCAUACAUGAUGGCCAAUGGCCCGCAGGGCAUGUACUGGAUGCAAGGCAAUCCACAGCAGUUCCAGCAGGGACAGAACCAGCAGGGGCAUUACAUGAUGAGUAGCCAGCCGGGCAUAUUCAAUCCGGGACAGCAGCAGCAGCAGCAGCAGCAGCAGCAAAUGCCCGGCCAGAAUUGGCCGCCGAAUGGGAACGGGAACUGGCCCAUGAUGCAGAACCCGAUGCCUUCCCACGGCAUAAAUCGUGGGAAUGAGGGAGCUUCUCCGGUGGCACAAUCGUAG